CACUGAUACUUCCGUCAAAAAGAAAAGAUGGCGCUCCCCGUGUUGAGAGGUUGUUAUAGGUUGCCAUCAACAUUCAGCUUUACUCGCUUAGUUUUAAAUGAAGGAAUCUUCCUGAGCCGGUCCGGAAAGAUUCGGAUACCCGCUUCAUCACCUGCGGUCCGCCCGUACAGCUCGGGCCGGGGCGGACAGAAACCGGUCCAGAAGGUGAUGGUUGUUGGCAUCACGAAUCCCUUCAUCUGGUUCCGCACACGAAUAUACUGCUUUCUGAUCAGAGCUUACUUUGACAGAGAGUUCAGAAUUGAAGAUUUCACGGAGGGAGCGAAGCAGGCCUUCUCCCAUGUGUCCGGACUCUUAUCCAGAAGUCAGUUUGAAGGUUUGGAGGGGCUCGUGGCUAAAGACUUGAUCGGGAAGCUGCAGGAAAAGUUCAGCCUGCUGCCAUUGAGCUACAAGAAAGCUCUCUCUGCAGGCCCUGAAGAGAUCAUGUGCACCACACUUGCAGACGUGGGAAUCUAUUAUGAUGAUGACGGGAGAAAGUUUGUCAGUAUUCUGAUGCGUUUCUGGUAUCUGACGAGCGCACGCCUCCCUGACGACACCGUGGAGGGUGCCCGUAUCUUCCAGGUGGCCUCAGGUGCAGAGGGAGAAGCAGAAACUAAGAGACUGCUUACUGCCAAUUAUGAAUUCCAAAGGGAGUUUACUAAAGGAGUGACUCCAGAAUGGACCAUUACGAGGAUAGAGCACUCCAAGCUCUUGGAUUAAGCUUCUUUUUACCUGAGGCAUUUUUGCGUCUGGAAACGAUUCAAAGAUGUGAAAGUCCCUUCAAAAUGAGCUUUGAGCUAAUAAAAGCAAAAACUGAGAUUGAAAGGCGUCCUCACUGGAAAGUCAGAGGAAAACAACCAGACAGACUUGGAUUCAUCCAGUAGUCAUCGUAAAAAAGACAUAAACCAAUCACGUUUGCUGUCAGCACAUGUUCUCCAAAACCAACGAUCGGAACCAGACCAGGACGUCCAGAGGAACCAGAUAUUAUUUUCAAUUUGUAAUUUAAAGUGAUUGUUAACUGAUGUGUGGGACAUCAAAUGAACGAGGCUGACUGAAUAUAGUGUGAUGAUGUGAUUAACACCUGUUCCAGGAAAGUCUGUCAACUUGUUUUCUGUUUUGAAAGACUGAUUGAUACAAUACUGUCAUACUAGGUAGAGAACUCAGUUUCUUUAUGUUAGACUGUGGGCUAUGAAGGUGUUUUGAAAGAAUUGGCAAAAAAUUGUCUCCAAAUAA